AUGGCCAUCAUAGCAGUGGCAGGUGGAACUGGUGGGAUUGGACGUGCCUUGGUUGAUGCCAUCACCAGUCGUGGCAAACAUGAAGUCAAGAUCCUCAGUCGAAAGGCAAACGAUUCCCUAGCGAAAGAAACCGGGGUUCCGGUCAUCGCAGUCGAUUAUUCCGAUGUCGAGGAACUGACGAAGGUGUUUGAAAAAAACAAGAUUGAUACUGUCAUCUCUGCGCUUUUCACGAUGCCCGUAGCAGGCGUCGCUCCGGAGGUUUGCCUAAUUCAGGCUGCUCAGGGAUCGAAAACGACGCGAAGAUUUAUCCCCAGCAACUGGGGAUUACCCCUUGACGCAAGUCACCAGGAAAUGGCACCCUCGGUGCCUAUGAAACUCCAAGCUAUUGCAGAGCUACAGAAAUCUGACCUAGAGUAUACCGUCUUUUACCCUGGGUUCCUUCUGGAUUACUAUACCGGUCCUUUGAUUAAGAGUUACAUGUCACCUCUGAUUGUCGUUAUUGACAUGGAGCAUAAUAUGGCUGCCAUUCCGGGCUCAGGUAACACGCCAAUCGCCUUCACCCAUUCACUUGAUAUUGGGAGGUAUGUCGAUGCGGCUCUAGAUCUAGAGAAGUGGGAUUCUUCAUACCGCAUCGUUGGGGAUAAGUCCACCUGGAACGACUUCGUAAAAUCUGCUCAAGCUGCAAAAGGUACGCCCUUCACGAUCGUUCAUGACAGCGUAGAAGAUCUCAAAAAUGGAAGGGUCACACUCCUUCCAGCAGUGGAUAAAUAUCUACAUCUUAUGUCCGUGCCUAACAAGGAAGUGCUAUCUCAAUUUCUUGGGACUUUUGGGCAGUUAUUUGCGGACGGCUCCUUCAACAUCAAGGAGGAGGGGGCACUCAACGAAAUGUUUCCAGAGAUUAAGCCUUUGACGAUCAAGGAGGCUGUGGAGGCUGCCGCAAAGUCGGCGUAG